AAAAUAUUAGACUAUAUCUUGAUUUCCCCCCUCUUUUUUCUCUAGAGGUCAUCAACUUUUCAUUUGUCUUUUUUGUAAUGGAAAUGUUAAGUCAACCUCACCUCAUCAUUUGGUCUUGGUUAAUAAUAAUCUUCCUUUCACUUCCCACUUUUAUUUCCUUUUCCCUUUUCCCCUUUUUUACUUUUUUUCUUCCUUUUUCCCCCCUCUCACAUGAUACUAAUCACCUUUCUAUAUAACCACCACAUUUUGUCAUGAAAUUAAAUUUCAAUUCCAUACAUGGGAAUUCAAGCCAUGAAGAUUCAUCACUUGGCACGUGCAUUAAUCUGGGAUCACGAUCCUCCUUCCCUCACCCUCGGCUGCAAGAAGCGCCUCCGCCCCCUCGCCCCCAAGCUAACCACCACUGCCGCCACCACCACCGCCGCCACUUUUGAUCUCAAGAGCUUCAUUAGACCCGAAAGUGGUCCUCCGAAAAUUGAGUCGCCGCCGGAUUAUCAGAAGAAAGAAUUAGCUCAGGUAGAGGGUGCACAGCCAGGUGGCACAAGGUGGAACCCAACGCAAGAACAAAUAGGGAUAUUGGAAAUGCUGUACGGGAACGGAAUGCGCACACCGAACGCCAACCAAAUCGAGCAAAUUACAGCUCAGCUCGCAAAAUACGGAAAAAUCGAAGGUAAAAACGUGUUUUACUGGUUCCAAAACCAUAAGGCGCGCGAGAGGCAGAAGCAGAAGCGCAUUAGCCUCGGCCUCAGCCGCAGUCGUCCUAGAACACCGCCUUCUCCAUUUCCCGCCUUUUCUACUCCUCUUUUAUCCUCAUCAUCAUCAUCCACUAAGAGCGAAGGGAGGCAUGGUGAAUUAUUUGAAGAUAAUCCAUACAAGAGAAAGAGCAGGUCAUGGGCAUUUGACCUAUGCUUACAAGAAGAUAACAUUCGUUGUACAGAGGAAGAAGAAGAAGGAGGAUGGAAAGAUACGACGACCCUUGAACUCUUCCCUUUGCAGCCUGAAGGAAGAUCUUGAUUUAAUGGAUUAUAUUAUUUAUUUGAAUUCUAAUAAAUGUCAAGUUUAACUUAAUUUAACUAGUCAGGUUCUUUUGUAACUUUGCCUUAGUUAAUUUCUAGCUACUAGCUGUGUUUAAUGAUUAAUAUUGCGAUGCUACGUUUAAUUAUCUUUCGGAAAUAAGUAAAUUAAAGCAGCUAUGUUGCGUUGAAUGAUCGGUUUUUCUUCUUUAUCAUGAAUUGUUUCCGAACGAUAUGUUUGUUGUAAUAAUACAUUUCUUAUCUGAAA